UCAACUCGAGAACCAUGUCGUCCAGGUUCUUUGGCGGCGGUUCGUCGUCUUCCUCGGAAGAGUACUCCGAUGAGGAGCAGCUGAGGCCGCAGGAGAACUACGUCUCCAAGUUUGACAUGUUUGGCGAGUCGUCGUCGGACGAUGAGAAGCGCGAGGUCAAGUCGAAGAAGGCCAAGAUGUACGAGGCGUUUGGCGAUCUGGCCAACAAGCUCAGCAAGGCUGUGGCAGCGAACCAGUGGAUUGCUGUGGGAGAGCUGUUUGCCGAGCUGCAGAAGCUUCACAAGAAGAGCAAGAACGACAUGAAGAAGUACGGCGUGCCGUCUGCCUUCUACCGGGCGCUGGAGAGCGUGGCCGAGUCCGCCGAGGAGAUGUUUGGCGACAAGAAGAAGCGCAAGGCCAUGGAUGGCAAGGAGGCCAAGGCUCUGUCCAAGGUCCGCCAGCAGGUCCGCAAGGCGACCAAGCAGUACCAGAAGGAGCUCUCGGCAUGGCAGGCCAAGCGCGACGCCGGCGAGGUCGACGAGGGGGCGUCGGACGCCGACGCCGCUGACGGGUCGGACCACGCUGGCCCGGCGCAGGCUGGUGGCGACGACGACGACGACGAGUACGAGUACUACUCGGACUCGGAGGAUGCCGGGCCGGCGGUGUCUGCCGCGGCGCGGCGCAACCGCUGGAUGGCCUCGGACUCGGACUCGGACGACGAGGAGACUGCAGCUGCCAAGGCGGCCGAGGAGAAGGCCAAGGAGGAGCGGCGUGCGGCGCGGCGUGCCAAGCGCGAUGCGCGCAAGGCCGAGAGCCAGGCGCGCGAUGCGGCCGAGGACGACAAGCCCACGGCGUACGACGUCCGCGAUGUGGUGGUCGAGUGCUCGCGGAAGCGCGGGCGCAAGAACCUCGACAUUCCGGCGCAGAUGGCCAAGCUCGAGGAGGCGCUUCCGCUGGCGAUCACGCCGCAGCGCCGGAUCGAAGUUCUUGCCCUGCUCUGCUCGUUCCAGCUCGAUGUGGCGCCGAACAUGUUCUCGGCCAUCUCGAACGAGGCGUGGAAGUCGAUGCUCGCCCGGAGCGUCGAGAUCAUGGAACUGCUCGAAGCCAACCCCGAGAUUGUUGUCGACCCGGACUACCGUGGCAUCUGCCCGCGGACGCCCUCCGAGAUGGAGGCGCGCAAGAAGAAGAAGAACGACAAGGGCGAGGAGAUCCCGCCGGAGCCGCAGCCCAAGCUGACGGCGCAGGAGACCGAGGAUGCCGAGGCCGGGCGUGUCCGUGUCGCCGGCUCGCUCCGCGCCAUUGUCGAGCGGCUCGACGACGAGUUCACCAAGUCGCUCCAGUCGCUCUCGCCGCACUCGUCGCGGUACCUGGAGCGCCUCCGCGAUGCGGCCGACUUUGAGGCGCUUGCCGAGCGGGUGCACGCCAAGCUCAAGACCGAUUCCCGUGUUGCCCGCAACGCCGACGACGCCAUCUACUGCGCCUACCGGCGGGUCAACCACAUCUACUACAAGCGGCCGGACAUGUUCGCCGCCGACGCCAUCGACGCCGCCAAGGCCACCAUCUACGAGCUCUGCAUCGAGAUGUUUGCCUCCAACUCGGAGUUUGUGCGCCAGAUUGGUAUGUGCUACCUCGUCACGCACUACGCCAUCUUUGACCAGUACUUCAAGGCCCGCGACCUGCUCCUCAUGUCGCACCUCCAGGACAUUAUCCACCGCUCAUCGCCCGAGGUCCAGGUCUUCUUCAACCGCAUGAUGGUUCAGCUCGGGCUCUGCGCCUUCCGGGCCGGCCUCAUCGCCGAGGCCCACCGCUGCCUUAUCAUCAUCUCGUCGUCCAAGCACAUCCGCGAGCUCCUUGCCCAGGGCUCGACCGCCAUCCGCACCGAGGCCGACCAGCAGCGUGAGAAGGUCCAGCGCCGCCGCAUCCUGCCGUUCCAUCUCCACAUCAACAUCGAGCUCAUCGAGUGCGUCCACCUUGUGUGCGCCAUGGUCCUCGAAAUCCCUAACAUGGCCCGCUCCACCACCGACUCCCACCGCCGCGUCAUCAACAAGGAGUUCCGCCGCAAGCUCACCGAGCGCGGUCCCUUUACCGGCCCGCCCGAGUCGCCGCGCGACCACAUCAUCGCAGGCGCCCGUGCUCUCGUCAAGUUUGACUGGACCGCCACCCUCUCCCACGUCCUCUCGCAGUCGUGCUGGAACUUGCUCUCCAACCCGCAGGACGUCCGCUCUAUGGUCGAGACCAAGAUCAAGGAGGCUGCCCUCCGCACCUACCUCUUCAAGAACGGUGGCUACUACGCCUCGUUCUCGGUCGCCACCCUCUGCACCAAGUUCGGCCUGCCCGAGAAGGCCGUCCACGCCCUCGUCUCCAAGAUGAUGAUCUCCGAGGAGAUUCACGCCUCGUGGGACCAGCCCACGGCCUCCAUCGUCAUGCACAAGGACGACAUGUCGCGCGUCCAGAUGCUCGCCCUCCAGCUUUCCGAGAAGGCCUCCCUUAUGGUCGAGAACAACGAGAAGCUCCUCGACGACCACAACAUCUCCUUCGACCGCUUUGGCAACGGCGGCCGCUCCGGUGGCCGCCGCAAGCGUCGUGGCGGCUACCGCGGCGGCGGUGGUGGUGGUGGUGGUCGCUCCGGUGGCAACCACAACUCUGGCGGCGGCGGCGGUGGCCGCGGCGGCAAGGGUGGCCGUGGCGGCAAGGGCGGUCGCGGUCGCGGCGGCCGCAGAGGUGGCAAGGGCGGACGUCGUCGUUAAAACCACAAACAAGCCA